CUUUCCAGUAGUAUUCAGUUCUUUAUAGUGUGCACGUCAACCUGCCACUUGUUUGGUAGGCAGUUUUUAUUUUUAUCCUUUUUUUCAGUCCCUAGCGGGGAUGUUUAUUAAGGAUAUAUACCAGUAAAGGGUGCAUCCCUGGACAGCACGAACGGCGAUUAUUGAACGACCUCCUCAUGAGUUACAACAAACUGGAACGACCAACCGCGAACGAGUCGGAUGUCAUCAUCGUCAAGUUGGGUCUCACGCUGCAGCAGAUAAUCAACGUGGACGAGAAGAAUCAGAUCCUUACAACGAACGUCUGGCUGAAUUUCGAAUGGCUGGAUUACAACCUUCGAUGGAACAAAUCGGAUUACGGCGGUGUGUCGGAUCUGCGGAUUCCCCCCAAGUUUCUCUGGACACCAGAUGUGCUCAUGUACAACAGUGCGGAUGAGGGGUUUUCGAGCACGUACCCGACCAACGUCGUCGUCACGAGUUCGGGCAUGUGCACCUACAUACCCCCGGGCAUCUUCCUCUCCACCUGCCGAAUAGACAUCACGUGGUAUCCUUUCGAUGACCAGAAGUGCAACAUGAAGUUCGGCUCUUGGACCUAUGAUUCUUCCAAGAUCGAUCUACAGCUUCAGAACGAGGAGGGCGGGGACAUCAGUGGGUACAUCACCAAUGGAGAAUGGGAUUUGAUAUCUGUUCCUGCGAAGCGCAACACGCUGUCCUACAGCUGCUGUCCGGAGAUCUACGUGGACGUCACCUUUCAGAUCCACAUCCGUCGAAGGACUCUGUACUACUUCAGCAACCUGAUCAUGCCUUGCGUUCUGAUCUCCUCCAUGGCCCUCCUCGGCUUUACCCUCCCCCCUGACUCGGGAGAGAAGCUCACUUUAGGUGUCACAAUACUCCUCUCGCUUACAGUUUUCCUAAACAUUGUGACAGAAAAUAUACCAGAGACAUCCGAUGCUGUGCCCCUCAUAUCGACGUAUUUCAACUGUAUCAUGUUCAUGGUGGCCUCCUCGGUGGUCCUGACGGUGGUUGUGCUCAACUAUCAUCAUCGAACGCCGACAACCCAUGCCAUGCCGAACUGGGUAAGUGGACAUCCUCUAGGACAAGGCAUACAGGACUCUUCUCAAUACGAAGCAGAGAAGAUGCCCCGCUGGAUUCGGUGCCUCCUGCUGCAGUGGUUGCCAUGGAUUUUAAGAAUGAGUCGUCCAGGGAAGAAAAUAACCAGAAAAACAAUCAUGAUGAACAACAAGAUGCGUGAGCUGGAACUCAAGGAAAGAUCGUCCAAGUCACUUCUGGCUAAUGUGUUAGACAUUGAUGAUGACAUCCGACAGAUCCAAGCCAUGGGCACUGGAACACCAUCGCAUAACGGAGGAUACCCUCGGCUCGUGGGCAGGUCCUACGAAGAAGGGGGUCCCAUAAUGACGCCACACUCUUCCUUUUGCUUCAAUAACACUAGAGAGCUUCAGAGUAUUCUACGGGAGUUGCGAUACAUCACUUGCCAGAUGAGAAACGAGGAGGAGAUUCUGGACAUUGUGAUAGACUGGAAAUUUGCAGCCAUGGUUGUAGACAGGUUCUGCCUCAUCACAUUUACUCUUUACACCGUCGUUGCCACAGUUGUUGUCAUACUGUCAGCUCCCCAUGUCCUCAUAUCAUAGAGUUAAGAGGGGUAAUUUGUUGGAAAUGCAUUAGAAAGACAUAUAGCUUAUGACAUUGUAGGUAGAACUAAGGUCUACGUGGUCACAAACUCGCCUAUCACAGUUUUGACAUUUGAUUACAAACGUAUUCAUUCACCUUUUUAUAAACAUCAUUUAUGAGUUUAUUCACAUUAUUAAGGCUGAUAAGAUGAAUUGCUACGGACUAAUCGCAGUUUGAUAUUAGGAAAAACAAUUUUUCUUUAUAUUCGUAGUAAAGAAAAGUAAUAUCAAUAAACUAAGAAAAUAAUUAAAAUUGUUUUUACAGCAAUUAAUAUUUUAACAUACAAAGCCCCUUCCAAUAAGCUAAAAUAAUAAGAUUGGCAAAGUAUAAUAUUUACACAACCAAGGAAUGAUAUGAUCAUUAAAAAUUUAAUUAUGUAACUAACCCACGUGCAGAAACUAGUAGUAUUCAUUACACUAUAUAGAGAGGCUACUAUACGUGGUACUAUAUUAACGGUACAUUUCAUAAUGUUCAAAGGCAGAGAAAAAUAAUUUUUCAGUGACAACACAUAAAAUUCCAUUGUAUUUAAUCUGUAUUUCCCAUGAAAUUCAAGAAUAAUGAAACACUUAAAUAUGGACCUUGUCGAUAUUGAAGGUUGUAGCAACAACGGCCUUCACCCAUAAGUAGCAUGAGAUUUCCCGGCAACAUCAAGCACUAUGGCUUUCAGAUACAAUAUUUGUAAAAGAAAUUUAAAUAGUUAUAUAUGAUCUCUUCUAACUAUAGUUCGGGUAUUGGUGCUAUCACUGUUUUUGAAUGGGUAUGAUUGAGUCAAAAUGGAUAAAAAAAAUAACCCAAAAAGUUCCUUGGGUCAGUAACAACGCAUUGAUUUCUAAAAUAUGCUUCUUCUGUGGUUGUGACCCCAUCCUUAGGAGAGGAGGAUUUCUGCAAUAUCAGCAGGAUUGACUCUUGCUUCUGAUCUCUGGAUCUGUAGUACUAAUCCUCGUUCAAGAAAUGUAGGGAUAUAUUUAGUACCAAGUUCGAGGUGCAGGGAAUCUCACCCGGGAUUAGAUUUUGAUGAUCUUGGAGGUCAUCAGUACCACCAGCUCUGUCGUGAGCCAGAACUGGUCAUGAUUUUUGUUACGGGGACAAACGGUGAUGAGAAAGCUGAUGGGUAGAAACCAUACUACAAAUACACGUAUUGCAUUCAUUAACCUAGUUGGUGCUUAAAUCUUGGUAGCAUUUACAGUAUGCUUGUAAACACACAUUAAAUUACUACGUUGAUGGUUUGGUGACCUUUGUGCAAAGAUAGGAUUACCUCCAGAGUUGAAAUCUGUAGACUAAAUGAAAGAUAACUACAGUUGAUUUCUUCCCAAAAUUCAAGUUUAAUUUAAAAGUACAUAAUGUACUUAACACAGACAAAACUGAAUUUAUCGAACGUAAAUACAAAAAGUAAACUGUGUCAUAUUAUAAAUUUGCAAAUAUAAAUAAUAACUCGUAUGUCAUUCUGAAGACAUUUCAUAUGCAAGGUACUCAGAAUGCCUAAUUUCAUUUGGUGAUAAUGUGACUUGCCAGCAAAUCUUUCUUAUUCAAUUUUAUUACGAAACACCAAUAAAACCUACGUGGCUGCGUACACUGAUGGUAUAAAUAGUCACUUGUAUGGCUUUGUGAAGACAUUACGAUCAUUGCAUCAUUUGUAUAAAUGUAAUUCAUUUGAUGAUAAUCUGACUUGUCAAAAAACCUGUCAUAUAUAUUACUCAUGAAACACCAGUCAAGUCUAAUAUAUUACCAAUGCAUUUAGUUACCUAAUACGUAGUCCAGUAUUUUCGGUUCUCUCUAUAGAUUUGUGCAAUCUGCCGCGGAGGAGAAUUACAGUAUUCUAAUUAAAAGCAAGGAAAAGUUCAUGAUAAAAAUAUACAUUUAACACAUUUGCAAAUGACAAUCAGAGUACUCGGUUUCCCAAACUGUCAUUCGAAUUAGAACAGCACAGCAGUAACGCUAGAAAAUGUCAUCAAAUGUCCAAUAUGAAAUAAAAAAAAUACAUUAAUUUGGUCAAGUCUACUUCGGUACCCAGUUUGCGAUAGUUGAAAUUCAGCUCAUGCGGCGAUGGACGCUGGCUAGAAACAGCACAAGGGUUACUUGUUAACUUGGAGAAUAGUGAAUAUUUCGUGAAUAUUUCUUUAAAUAAAAAAAAAGAAGUUUGUCGUUUUUAUACGUUGAAGGUAACUAGAAUGUGAAGGAAAGUUACCACGGCAUAAAGACAAUUGUUAUUCUGAAGUAUUCUGAACGCAUGAAAAGUAAUUAUAUAAAAGUAUAUAUAUAUUUGAGGUACUGGAUACAGUAGUUAAAUUUAUAUUUCUUACUGCUCACACAAAAUACAUCACGAUAUAAUUUAGGACGAGUGAAGAAGGUGAACAGCAAAUGAGAAUAAUUUUGUAUAGCAUAAUCUUCAGCGACGUGUAAAUAGCUAAUUUGUAAAUAUAAUAAAUAAAGGUACUGUUAUAUAAGAAUUUAGGGUCCUAACCAUUAUUUUGCUCCCCAUUCCCUUCAGAAAACAAAACAAGCCCCAUAUGUAUACGCCAGUAGUAACUAAAGCUAGCUCCAUUUAGUGACAUUUUGGGCCUGUUAAAUAUAUUUUUUCCUAUUUAUUGAAGAAUGCAUUUUGCGAGGUGUUAUGUCAAGUGACAAUCAAGGAAUGAGAUUCUUUUAUUUAUUUAUCAAGAGGAGUUUUAGAUCUUCACUGAAUAAUAAAUGAUGAAAAUUUUUCUCCGCCUUUCAGUUCAACUCUUUGCUGCUUCUUUUUUGGUUUUAUUUUCAGUCUGAUUUUGAUAUGUGUUUAUUCCAGCGGUAUGGCAGCAUUGCUCAAAAGACCAUUCCACUAGAUAGAGACAAUAGAGUAGUAGAAUUCAAUGAAGGUUUUAGCAUACUCAUUGUGCGUGUGUGUGUGUCUGUGUGUAAGGACAAACCGGCUCUAUAUGUGGACUAUACAAGUAUUGGACUGAUUUUUUAAUCUAUGAUAAUUGACAAAGUGCGCAUGCAUUAUGUUCAAACAUACUGGUACACUCAUACAACCCGAAUUAUGUACCUUUGAUGUGAAGUAUCAUAAUUGUAUUAGGCAUUAUGCCUUGAGUGCAUGGCUGCGUGCGUGUAUGUCUUAAGUGUGGGCUUUCGUUGUAUGUCUGUGUUGAAGACAUACGCAUUCAAGGAGUUAGUAGGUUAGCCCCAUCAUACAUUGUGUUUACCAUGUAAAUAAUAUCAAUAUGUACUGCUCGAUCAGAGACAAAUAAGGGAGAGAGAGCAGAUCAUCUCAACUGUUUAUAAAUCCUGCUUUUCAACGUGACAUGAGUAAAAAAAGGUUCUUAACUAUUGUUUCCCAUUAUAUUAUUCUCUGCGGGUGCAUAAAGUGUGAAUGGGUUGUAAUAACAUUCCCAAGGUGCUGUAUUUCAUUUCAUUAGCAUACAGGUAUGAGUAUUUUGUAACCUUUCUUUGUGCAUAGUAAAACGGAGUAGAUACAGUCAGCUCUGUAGGAAACAAUAACAGAAUGGCCUGGACGGCCAGCAGCAGCAGCAGCAGCGGCGAAGAAGUCUGCUUAUUCUUUUUUGCCACUGGACUGCCAUUUCCUGUCCCCCAACCUCUCAUUCCAGGUUACUUUGUAGCCAGUGGCAGCCACGGACGCUCGAAGAAAACGAGUCCAUUAAUUUAUGGAAUGUCUUAAUGUUUCUCCUUUUACUCCACAGAAAAAAAACUAUUGAUGAGAAACUCAACAUUAUCUUGAAAUUCAUGAAUAAGAGCUUCGUUAAUUGUUCUCAUAUAUUAAAAUAGAGCUUGAAUAAAUAAGGGGAUAAAUAUUAUUGAAAUACUGCAUGCCAAUACCCCCAUCCCUCAAGUUCUGCAUCAUCAGAGCUGACUGAGAUUAUCCUUUGUAAUAUUGCUGUUUUUUUACAUUAUGAUGUACUAUAGGUUAUUACUUCCAUACUGCUUUACUAUUGUCACUCUUGAACUUCUGCUUAUUGGUUUCUGACUCAUUUUAUUUUUCCAUUAAUUAUCUGUUCCCCGUUUGGCUAUUUAUAUUAGAUUUUGCUCACCACUCGCUCCAUCUAUACUAUAGGGGGACGAAGUGAAAGAAAAAAAAUACAAGUGAAUAUUAUUGUCAACUAACUUGGGCCGAAAAACAGACCUGGUUCUUGUGUUAAUAUUCAGGCACAACAUGAAGUUGAAAUUUAAAUAUACCAAAGUCAGCCAACAAAUACAACUAUAGUAGUUCUACUUUGCUUGUGGCAUCGUGCAAUUUAGCACCAAACCUAAAAACAAAAGUUGAAGAGUCUGUUCAGUUCCUCGCGACGGUAUGUUUUAGGCCCAAGAGUUAUAAAAUCCCUUCCUACCACUUUUCCUACUUUCCUUUAACACCCCCCCCCCCCCCUCCUCCUCCUCCUCCUCCUCCUCCUC